CAAGCUUCGUUGAUAGAAUUCAGGGAAAAUCGUUCCAAGGUAGACAAGCCCAAGGUCAGCGUUUCCGGGAGACGAGAUCUGGCAUAUUCAGGAAUCAGGCGACAUUCCCAAGGUCAUUGGUUCAGGAGACAUUCCCGAGAGCAUCUUAGCUGCUAGGUAGCCUCAGAACCCGAUUGCUGAACAAGCUUGAAGCUGAUGCGAUAAGAAGAUAGCCAGAGAAGAGAAACCGAUUGUUGAUGGCUCUACGCGAAAGGAGAAGUGGAGGCGACAGAGAUGCGAUCGCGUCGCUUCUCAGUCGCCUUUCGUGCGACGCUCGCGAAUUCUCCUUCGGUGCGACCGGCGACAGCGACAGCGACAGCGACGACGACGCUGGCGACAUUGUCGCCUCCAGCCGGGAGAACCGCGCGGCUGCCGUUCCUAGGAUCGCUAUUUCGCCAGAAGCUGCGCGCUCGUAUGCUAAAACAGAAGCGAGUGCUAACGCGUACAGAGCAGACACAGCUCCUACCACUAGUUCUGUCGAUCCUCCCAUAGUGCUCUCUCCUCUCGAAUUCUACCGGGACUACAUUGCGGCUAACCGGCCAUGCGUUAUUACCGGCGCCGUCAGUCACUGGCCGGCGCUAUCCCUCUGGCGGUCCGACCAGUACUUAAUCGGCGCGCUCGGGGACAAAAAGGUCACGGUGGAUUUCACCCCUGACGGCCAUGGCGACGCGAUCGUUUGGCGGGACGGCAUUGGAAGAUCAGACCAUGGUUCGGAAAACGGGGGAAAGUGGAAAGAUGGGGGUUCGGUUUCAGGGUUUCCGGCAACUGGGGGUGCCAAUAUCAGAUGUGACUGUAGCGGUGAUGCUAGAGAGGAGCGUGGAGAAGAGAUUAGGGAUGAUUCGGGUGUUCGGAGGUGGGUGCUGUUUCCGGGGGACGAAGGCUGGGAUAGUAGAGGGGGGUCAGGUCAUGAAGGUGUGAGGAUUGAGGGAGAGGAGGAGGAAGAGAAACGGGAAGGUGAAGCGGUGGGGGAGGAGGAAGAGGAGGAGGAAGAGGAGGAGGAAGUGGAGGAGGAAGAGGAGGAGGAGGCAGGGGAAGAACAGCUGCAGGGGCGGGAGAGGGAAUGUGAGGCAAACAGAUAUCAGAUUGGAGAUAGCAGUAGCUGUCCUGAGGGUAGUAGCUGUCCUCAAGAGAACAGAGAUCACUGCAGCAAAUGCAGCAAUCACGGCUCGCCGCGUGCCUGCUCGCCGCGUGCCUGCUCGCCUCGUGCCUGCCUCUGUGACCCGCCCUGUGCGUGGUUCGUCACCCCGCACGAAGCUUCCCUCACACUCCCUGCCUUCUUUCGCCUCCUCUACUCCUCACGCUCCACCCCCUCACACUCGCCCUCACUCUCCCCCUCACACUCCUCACACUUCCCCACACACUCUCCCUCACAGUCUCCCUCAUUCGCUUCCGCACACUCCUCACGCUCUCCCUUCAUCGGCAUUCCCUAUGUUCAGCAUCAAAACGGCAGCUUCAGGACAGAAUUUGCCGCCCUGGCUGCAGAUGCAGACGAGCACAUCGGAUUCGCCACAGCCGCUUUGGGCGGCAACCUGCCCGAAGCCGUAAAUCUGUGGAUUGGGGACGAGCGGGCAGUCACAAGCUGGCACAAGGACCACUACGAGAAUUUCUACGUGGUUGUCACAGGCACAAAAACUUUCCGGCUGCUGCCCCCGCUAGAUGUGUUCAGGAUGAGGGUGCGGGAGUACCCUGCUGCAAGAUACUGGCAGGCAGAGGAUGAGCAGGGUCCGUUCCACAUCCUCCCCUCUGACCCCCCAUCCACGGUGCCAUGGGUUUCUGUGGAUGCGAGGCUCAACCCCCUCAUGCUGUGCCGCCACGCCGUGGGUGGUGGAGACAACGCAGACAUGCAUGGUGCCGGCAAUACAGACAUGCAUGGUGCCGGCAGUGCAGACAUGCAUGGUGCCGGCAAUGCAGACAUGCAUGGUGCUGGCAAUGCAGACAUGCAUGGUGCCAGGAAUGCAGACACAAAGAGUUCAGGGGGAGGCUUGGGGGAGCAGCUGAAGGGACCCCCUCCGCUUGUGUGCACCAUUGGCCCGGGGGAGAUGCUCUACCUGCCGAGCAUGUGGUAUCACCAUGUCUCGCAGAGCCCUGACGAAACUGGCCGAACGAUAGCUCUCAAUUACUGGUAUGACAUGCAAUUCGAUGUCAAGUACGCGUAUUACAACCUAGUCCAAUCGCUUACACGUGUAUACGGCCUUUGAAGGCCCAUGAAGGCAAGAAACUAAGGUUGAGAUUUUGUAGCUUGAUUCUUAGUGAUAGCUCAUUCAUCAACAAGCCUAUGCUUGUAUCAUAGUUGUGGAGGCGAGAAACGAAAUUGGGUUGUAUACACCAGUGAAGA